AUGGUUUUACAAAACAGCGGAAGGUAUAGGGCGGACCGGGGACAGGGUGGAGACCAAGAUAAUCAACAGGAUGAGGGGUCCUCCCUUUCAGCUGUAAAGCGGCUGGAGCGCAGCCAGUUCACUGAUGAGAUGGACUCACGUUUCGGUUUUGAGAGAAUGAAGGAACCAGGGGAGAAGACAGGCUGGCUCAUCAAUAUGCAUCCGACUGAAAUCCUGGAUGAUGACAAGAGGAUGAUCAGUGCUGUGGACUAUUAUUUCAUUCAGGAAGAUGGCAGCAGGUUCAAGGUGGCACUCCCAUUUAAACCCUAUUUUUAUAUAGCCACAAAAAAGAAUUGUGAGCGAGAGGUCAUAUCAUUCCUGUCCAAGAAGUUCCAGGGGAAAGUAGCAAAGCUGGAAAUUAUCCCCAAAGAAGACCUGGAUCUGCCCAAUCACUUGGUGGGUCUGAAGAGGAGCUACAUUAAGCUUUCGUUCAACACUGUGGAUGACCUCAUCAGAGUCAAACGUGAGAUCACUCCAGCCGUGCGCAAGAAUCGGGAGAGGGAGAAGUCCAAUGACACCUACACUUCCAUGCUGUCAAGUGCACUGGCAGGUGGAAGCGUCGUUGCCACAGAAGAGGAUGGCACAUCCAAGAAAAUCGCAGACCAGAUGGACAAUAUUGUGGAUAUGAGGGAGUAUGAUGUUCCAUACCAUGUCCGUCUCUCAAUCGAUCUCAAGAUCCAUGUGGCACACUGGUAUAAUGUCCGGUAUCGAGGCAGUGCUUAUCCUCCUGAAAUUGUGCGGCGAGAUGACCUUGUUGAGCGACCAGAUCCUGUAGUGUUGGCCUUUGACAUAGAGACCACCAAACUGCCUCUGAAGUUCCCAGACGCUGAGACCGACCAAAUUAUGAUGAUCUCCUACAUGAUUGAUGGGCAGGGCUACCUGAUCACGAAUAGAGAGAUUGUGUCAGAAGACAUUGAAGACUUUGAAUUCACUCCCAAACCGGAGUAUGAAGGACCCUUCACUGUGUUUAAUGAACCAGAUGAGGCCUCUCUCAUCCAGAGGUGGUUCGAGCACAUCCAUGAGACCAAGCCCAACAUCUUUGUUACGUACAACGGGGACUUCUUCGAUUGGCCUUUUGUGGAGACCCGAGCUGCCCACCACGGACUGAGCAUGCACCGGGAGAUAGGCUUCCAGAAGGACAGUCAAGGAGAGUACAAGGCGAGCCAGGCUAUCCACAUGGACUGCCUCAGGUGGGUGAAGCGUGACAGCUACCUGCCUGUGGGGAGCCACAACCUGAAGGCAGCAGCGAAAGCAAAGCUUAGUUAUGACCCUGUGGAGCUGGACCCUGAGGAGAUGUGCCGCAUGGCCACAGAGGAGCCACAGACUCUUGCCACUUAUUCAGUGUCAGAUGCAGUGGCCACCUAUUACCUGUACAUGAAGUAUGUUCACCCUUUCAUCUUCGCUCUCUGCACCAUCAUCCCCAUGGAGCCUGAUGAGGUGCUGCGGAAGGGCUCUGGAACCCUUUGUGAGGCUCUGUUAAUGGUGCAGGCCUUCCACGCCAACAUCAUCUUCCCCAACAAACAGGAGCAGGUCUUCAACAAGCUGACGGAUGAUGGCCAUGUGCUAGACUCUGAGACAUAUGUUGGGGGCCACGUGGAGGCUCUGGAGUCCGGAGUCUUCCGAAGCGACAUACCAUGUCGCUUCAAAAUGAACCCUGCAGCCUUUGACUUCCUGCUGCAAAGGGUGGAACGAACCCUACGCCACGCUAUUGAAGAAGAAGAAAAGAUCCCCCUGGAACAGGUCCUCAACUUCAGUGAGGUCUGUGAGGAGAUAAAGAAGAAGCUGAUUUCUCUGAAGGAAGUGCCCAAUAGAAUUGAGUGCCCACUCAUCUACCAUCUGGAUGUAGGGGCCAUGUACCCCAACAUCAUUCUCACCAAUCGUCUGCAGCCCUCAGCCAUGGUGGAUGAGGCCACAUGUGCAGCCUGUGAUUUCAACAAACCAGGAGCCAACUGUCAGAGGCGGAUGACCUGGCAGUGGAGAGGCGAGAUCAUGCCGGCCAGCCGCAGUGAGUUCCACCGCAUCCAGCAGCAGCUGGAGUCCGAGAAGUUCCCCCCGCUGUUCCCCAAUGGCGCGCCCCGAGCCUUCCAUGAGCUGAACCGCGAGGAGCAGGCACGCCACGAGAAGAAGCGUCUAGGGGAUUACUGUAGGAAGGCCUACAAGAAGGUGCACCUCACUAGGCUGGAGGAGCGCGUCACCACCAUCUGCCAGCGAGAGAAUUCCUUCUAUGUGGACACCGUGCGGGCAUUCCGAGAUCGCCGCUACGAGUUCAAGGGGCUGCACAAGGUUUGGAAGAAGAAGCUGUCUGCUGCGCAGGACAGUGGCGACGCUGCCGAGGUGAAGCGCUGCAAGAACAUGGAGAUCUUGUACGAGUCCCUGCAGCUUGCCCACAAGUGCAUCCUCAACUCCUUCUACGGCUACGUCAUGCGCAAAGGGGCUCGCUGGUAUUCCAUGGAGAUGGCUGGGAUUGUGUGCUAUACUGGAGCAAACAUAAUCACUCAGGCCAGGGAACUCAUUGAACAAAUCGGGAGGCCUCUAGAGCUGGAUACUGAUGGUAUUUGGUGUGUCCUCCCCAACACCUUCCCUGAGAAUUUUGUUAUUAAAUCCAGCAAUGAGAAAAAGCCCAAGGUCACCAUCUCCUAUCCAGGUGCUAUGCUGAACAUCAUGGUGAAGGAGGGUUUCACCAACCACCAGUACCAGGAGCUGGUGGACCCAAUCUCGCUCACCUAUGAGACCCGUUCCGAGAACAGCAUCUUCUUUGAGGUGGACGGGCCUUAUCUGGCCAUGAUUCUGCCGGCUUCCAAAGAGGAGGGCAAGAAGCUGAAGAAGAGGUAUGCUGUGUUCAAUGAGGAUGGCUCCUUGGCUGAGCUGAAGGGCUUUGAGGUAAAGCGCAGAGGAGAGCUGCAACUUAUCAAGAUCUUCCAGUCGUCCGUCUUCGAGGCCUUCCUCAAGGGAACCACACUGGAGGAGGUCUAUGCCUCUGUGGCCAAGGUGGCUGACUACUGGCUGGACGUGCUCUACAGCAAGGCGGCCAACAUGCCUGAUGCGGAACUGUUCGAGUUGAUCUCGGAGAACCGCUCGAUGUCCCGGAAGCUGGAGGACUACGGGGAGCAGAAGUCUACCUCCAUCAGUACGGCCAAACGCCUGGCUGAGUUCCUGGGGGACCAGAUGGUGAAGGACGCGGGGUUGAGCUGCCGCUACGUCAUCUCCCGCAAGCCCGAGGGCUCGCCUGUCACAGAGAGGGCCAUCCCCCUGGCCAUCUUCCAGGCCGAGUCCAGUGUGAAGAAGCACUUUCUACGCAAAUGGCUAAAGAUGCCCAGCCUGCAUGACCUGGACAUCCGCUCAAUCCUGGACUGGAACUACUACAUUGAACGGCUUGGCAGCGCCAUCCAGAAGAUCAUCACCAUCCCAGCCGCACUCCAGCAGGUAAAGAACCCCGUGCCCAGAGUGCGCCACCCAGACUGGCUCCACAAGAAACUGCUGGAGAAAAACGACAUCUACAAGCAGAAGAAGAUCAGCGAGCUCUUUACCAGCGAGGGCAAGAGACAGGUGGCCUCCUUCCAGCCAGCAGUGGGGAGCAGUCAGUGUGCGGAAUCCAGGGAGGUGGCAGACAUGGAGGACUUUGGGGUACACCAGCGUCCCCUACAGCCGGCCAUUCCCAUCAGCACCAAACGCAAACGUGUGUCUCAGGGAACAGACAGUCAGACCGAGUCGCAGGAGCUGGAGCUCACGCAGUCCUGGAGAGAGAUCCUGGGCCCGCCUCCUCCGUCCGGAAACACUCGGGAGGAGCGGCUGGUCUGGCUGCGCUACCACAAGAAGAAGUGGGAGCUGCAGCUGCGACAGAGGAAGGAGCGCAGGAAGAGGCGGAAGAUGCUUGACGGAGAAGCCCAGUCCACGGGGGGCGGGGUCAUCCGGGGAGGCUCCACCACCGGGCUGGGCAGCUUCCUCCGCCGGACGGCCCGCAGCAUCUUGGACAUGCCCUGGCAGAUUGUCCAGAUUGCAGAGACCAGCCAGCCUGGGCUAUACAAACUGUGGGCAGUGAUUGGCAGUGACUUGCACUGCAUGAAGCUCAACAUCCCCCGUGUGUUCUAUGUCAACCAGAGGGUACCCAAGCAGGAGGAGGGAGCCACUUAUAGAAAGGUGAACCGGAUGUUGCCACGCUCCAAUAUGGUCUAUUACCUGUACGAAUACUCUGUGCCUGAGGACAUGUACCAAGAGCACAUCAACGAGAUCAACGCUGACCUCUCUGCCCCCGACAUAGAGGGCGUCUAUGAGACUCAGGUUCCUCUGCUGUUCCGUGCUCUGGUCCAGCUGGGCUGCGUGUGCAUGGUCAACAAGCAGGUGGUGCGUGACCUGGCAGGUCGCGAGGCAGACACUUUCGACUUGGAGCACCUGGAGAUGAGGUCACUGGCCCAGUUCAGCUACCUCGAGCCCGGCAGCGUUCGUCACAUCUACCUGUACCACCACAGCCAGGGGCAUAAGGCCCUGUUUGGCCUGUUCAUUCCCUCCCAGCGCAAGGCCAGCGUCUUCAUCCUGGACACGGUACGCAGUAACCAGAUGCCCAGCCUGAGCACGCUGUACGGGGCUGAACGCACUGCUCUCUUGGAGAAGACCAGUGAGGAGCUCCUCCCCCCUGAGAAGCACGCCUUUGAGGUGCGCGCCGAGAACGACGCCAAGGCCAUCUACCGGGCUCUUCAGCGCACGCUACUCAAUUACAAGGAGGAGCGACGUGGCCCCACCCUGAUCGCUGUGCAGUCCAACUGGGACGUGCGUCGCCUGACGGCGGGGAUGGCAGUCCUGGAGGAGUUCCCAGUGGUGCCUGUCCAUGUGACGGAUGAGAUCAGCUACAAUGUACUGGACUGGCAGCGCCAUGGGGCACGGCGGAUGAUCCGGCAUUACCUCAACCUGGACAGCUGCCUGUCGCAGGCCUUUGACAUGGCCAGGUACUACCACUUGCCUGUGGGUAACCUGCCAGAGGACAUAUCCAUCUUUGGCUCUGACCUUUUCCUUGCCCGGCACCUGCGCAAGCACAACCACCUGCUGUGGCUUUCUCCCACGGCACGGCCAGACCUGGGGGGCAAGGAGGCCGACGACAGUCGGCUGGUCAUGGAGAGCGAGGACAGGGCCUCUGUGGAGAUCAACGCAUCGGGAUGCUACUCCACAGUGUGCGUGGAGCUGGACCUGCAGAGCCUGGCCGUCAACACCAUCCUGCAGUCCCAGCACGUCAACGACAUGGAGGGCGGAGCCAGCUUGGGCGUCAGCUUCGACGUCAUCCAGCAGGCUUCCCUGGAGGACAUGAUGUCAGGGAACCAGGGCGUCAGCUCCGUCGCCAGCUACGACGAGACGGCUCUCUGUUCCAACACCUUCAGGAUCCUGAAGAGCAUGGUGGUGGGCUGGGUCAAGGAGAUCACCCAGUACCACAACGUCUACGCCGACAACCAGGUGAUGCACUUCUACCGCUGGCUGCGCUCGCCCAGCUCGCUGCUGUACGACCCGGCGCUGCACCGCACCCUGCACAACAUGAUGAAGAAGGUCUUCCUGCAGCUUGUGGCAGAGUUCAAGCGCCUGGGCUCCUCUGUCAUCUACGGCAACUUCAAUCGCAUCAUCCUGUGCACUAAGAAACGGCGGAUUGAUGACGCCAUUGCCUACGUGGAGUACAUCACCAACAGCAUCCACUCCCGGGAGAUCUUCCACUCUCUGUCCAUCACCUUCUCCCGCUGCUGGGAGUUUCUGCUGUGGAUGGAUCUUGCCAACUAUGGAGGCGUUAAAGGCAAGCUACCUGCCAGUAUCCUGUAUGGAGAGGAGGGGGCGACGCAAAAGAAAAGGCGAGGGAAGGAUGAAGCCGAGGAAGGCAGCGAGGAUGAGGAGGAUGAAGAGGAGGCAGCUGGACGGGAGGACGAGGAAGAUGGCGACAAUGAUGAGGUGGAGGACCUGAUUGAGAGUAACUGGAACAUCAUGCAGUAUCUCCCCCAGACCGCCUCCUGCCAAAAGUACUUCUUAAUGAUUGUCUCAGCCUACAUUGCAGCUGUCUAUCACAGCAUGCGGGAGGAGCUGCGACGCAAUGCCCCUGGGACCACGCCCAUUAAGAGGCGGGGUGGAAGCCAGGCCACCCAGCAGCCUGCAGGAGAUGCCAAUGCCCUUCCUGGGAUGAUCACCUUCUCCCAGGAGUACGUGUCCAGCGAGCUGACCCAGAACUUUUUCACCAUCACUCAGAAGAUCCAGAAGAAGGUGACGGGCACCAGGAGCGUGACGCAACCCUCUGAGAUGUUCCCCGUCCUGCCAGGAUCCCACCUUCCCCUGAACAACCCUGCCCUGGAGUUCAUCAAAUACGUCUGCCAGGUCCUCUCCCUGGAUGCUAACAUUAUCAAUCAGGUGAACAAGCUGAAGCGAGACCUGCUGCGGCUGGUGGACGUAGGCGAGUUCUCGGAGGACGCCCAGUUCCGUGACCCCUGCCACUCCUACAUCCUGCCUGAGGUCAUCUGCCGCCACUGCAACUUCUGCCGGGACCUGGACCUCUGCAAGGACCCUUCUGUCAUGCAGGACGGCUCCGUGCUGCCCCAGUGGUUCUGCUCCAACUGCCAGGCCCAGUACGAGACAGAGACCAUCGAGAUGUCACUGGUGGAGGCGCUGCAGAAGAAGCUCAUGACCUAUACCCUGCAAGACCUGGUGUGCGCUAAGUGCAAAGGGGUGAAGGAAGCCAACAUGCCAAUCUACUGCAGCUGUGCGGGCGAUUUCACCCUCACCUUCUCCACCAAGAGUCUCUCCGAGCAGAUCCAAGUGUUCCAGAACAUCGCUGCCCACUAUAACAUGAGCUUCCUGCAGGAGACCAUUGAAUGGCUGCUGCACAUGACCCCAGCGCUGGGCAGAACAGCAUAGAACUUGUAGCUUCAUCAGAGCACUGUGGACCUCUGCUGCAGGGAUAUACUUACUACCUGCCCAUGUGAGCAGGAAUGCUUGUACAUUACUGGGACAACCUGGACUAGGGACUGCCCAAUUUUAUG